AUGCCCCAAAUUCCCCAAGCGCAACAAUCACCUCCUCUCGCAUUACGUCGCCACAACACUCCCGAUUGCCCUCUGCCACGGCGCCAACACCUGCAUCCAGUCUCACCCCCCAAGCCGGCCCGACCCCCUGGUCUAACCGUCAAAAAACAAACCCGCUUGUUCGUCAUUGCGCAGGGUGAUGACAAUCUCAAAUGUGAAACCGUAGGGUGUGCUGCUGGAACUGCAUGUACGGACCAUGCAAACACAGCAGCAGUAGCAGCAGCAGCUGAAAGCGUAAAUGACGCCUCGUUUUGCCCUGUAAUCUGCACACUACAAACACUACCGCGCACAGCCAAACAAUUGUCAGUGACAACAGGCCUGACUCGCUCAGACGUGUCGUUUCCAGCCUCUGCUUUUCUUAUUCCCGUUGCUCAAACGUCCCGUCCACAACCCCAUGUGGAAAGUCCCCCAGCCCCCAACAUCCUCGCGAAAACAGAAAAAUAA